CAAGCCAUCAUCAUCGUGAAUCUCGAUGUCGGAAACUUGCCGCGAUUCAAGUGGACGGCAGGAGGUGUGAAGUGUUCGGGAGCCUUUUUGAUAAUUCAGGUGGCGAAGAACUCAUCGUCGAGACUGUCUUGUUUGGAUUGGGUACUGUUCGUCGUUCGUGUCCAAUAUUGGAUCUGGUACCACAUCUCGAUGCUACCUACUUAGUCGUCGUUUUAUUUUGAGUUGGCUUUGAGGCUAUCGCAAAUAAAAGGGGUACCUUAAACAAUAGCAUUGGAAACUCUUGCCCCCGGUGUCACGAGAGGGGGUCGGUGCUAGCAUGACUUGCGUGUCGUGGUAGGCAGCCGUUUGAACCACCAUGAAGCGAGUGAGUGAAGCCUCAGAAUCUGUUGCUCAUUUUUCCCCCCUGUUACGAGGGAGCAAAAAUGUCGUCCCAAACAGCGAGUUACAUGGGAGUGGUGGUUGGGUCGGUGACCUCAACCUUCUCAGCCCUCAUCUCCCUCACCUCCCCAACCUGGAUAGUCUACCAACUCUCCCACCCCAGAGUCUACGACCACAUCGGCCUCUUCACCCGCUGCUCCCGUUCUGCCUGCGUCCCCUUCCCCUCUACCGGGUUCUGCUCCUCCCUCACCAUCCCCGUAUCCCAUAUCCCUCUCCACCCCCGUGGCAAUCCUCCCACCCCACCAUUCUGCACCAAAUGGCGCUCUGCCGGUUUCCUGGUCAACAUAUCCGUAGGCCUCAACCUCGUCUCCCUCGUCGUCGCAGCUCUCCUCCUCCUCGGCAACGCCCACGAGCCCCACUCCUACCACAUGCCCAGAAAGCACGGCACGAGAAUCAUGGCUGUUUUGAUGAUGAUUGCCGGGGCGAUGGAGCUUGGAGCGGUGGCGAUGGUUUCUGAGCUGAAGGAGUAUGAAGAGAUGUUCCAGGUUCCUGGGUAUGAACACGGCCAGGCGUGGUGGGUUGGGUUGGGAGGGGGAGUGUUGAGUCUGAUCAUGGGGUUGGGGGUUGGGCUUGUGAGAUUGAUGAACCUGCCUGAGCGGACGGGAGAGGGUGUUGAUGGUGAGGUGUAA